GGGAUCCUCUUCAGUCUGUACUCCUCGGCAGUGGCGCGGUACCCGGGGCCCCGGUCCGGAGCCAGGAAUGCCACAUCAUCUCGAGCAUUCUUUGGACACAAGGCAUCAAAUGCUGGAACGAGAAAGAGCCUGCACUGCCAACACCCACUUCAUCUGGCCAUCCAGAAGCACCCCCACUUCCGUGCCCUGUUCGAUCUCUCCACUCCAGUGCUGCUCUCGGGGAGCCUCUUCACUCAGGAGCUCUGGGACAGACUGAGCCAGCACAAAGCCCCCUAUGGCUGGCAGGGGCUCUCCCGCCAAGACAUCAGCUCCACCCUGAGCCUCCUGCAUGUCUCCGAGAGCUCCGAGCUGCUGGCCGCCUCCAGGAAGCCGCUUUCCAAGUGCAUUCGGUGCGCUGUGGUGGGGAACGGAGGCAUUCUGAAUGGUUCCCGCCAGGGCCUGCACAUCGAUGCCCAUGACUACGUGUUCAGACUCAACGGGGCUGUGAUCAAAGGCUUCGAGAAGGAUGUGGGCACCAAGACCUCCUUCUACGGUUUCACUGUGAACACAAUGAAGAACUCCCUCAUCUCCUACGGGAACUUGGGCUUCACCUCCGUGCCACAAGGCCAGGACCUGCGCUAUAUCUUCAUCCCCUCUGACAUCCGGGACUAUGUGAUGCUGAGAUCUGCCAUUCUGGGUGUGCCUGUCCCUGAGGGCCCUGAUAAAGGGGACAGGCCUCAGACCUAUUUCGGACCAGAAGCCUCUGCCAGGAAAUUCAAGCUACUACAUCCAGACUUCAUCAGCUACCUGAGGGAGAGGUUUUUGAAAUCGAAGUUGAUUAACACAAGUUUUGGAGACCUAUAUAUGCCUAGUACUGGGGCGCUCAUGCUGCUGACGGCUUUGCACACCUGCGACCAGGUUAGUGCCUAUGGAUUCAUCACAAGCAACUACUGGAAAUUUUCUGACCACUAUUUCGAGCGAAUAAAGACACCACUGAUAUUCUAUGUCAACCACGACCUGUCCCUGGAAGCCACCCUGUGGAAGGACCUGCACGAGGCCGGCAUCCUUCGAUUGUACCAGCGCUGACCCUGAAGCACUCAAGCCCUUUGCUCUCGCACAGCCAUGGACCUGUGGCCCUGGCCCUCACGUGGCCUAAGUGGCCUCUGAGAAGGGCUCCAGCUCCCCUCCACCCACCCCUUCUUCUCUAGAGAACAUUAAGAGGUGGAUCUGUGACUGUCACUGAAGCUUGUUCAUUUUGGGACAUCCCAUCUUGUUCUUGGUUUCUCCAAGGAAACUCCCCUCUGGGUUGGAGACAGACAUCCCGACCUUGGGUGAAGAAAAGACUGCUCUGCUGGAUGUUUUAAAACUGCAGGUGACACAAGAAGAGAUUGUGACCCUCACCAGCAAAGGGCAAACACACUUCAGAGCAGAGGCUCUCAAAGCCAGCAGUCGUACUGAACUUGAGGAUGCGGGUGCAGCGACUGCAGACAUCGGCACGGACCAGAGUCACUCCCCAGCCAGACCCUCCCACACGCAUGUCCAGCUCCCAGCAACCCCACGACGGACUCUAACGCACGCCUAAACCACCUGAGGACAUGACCACUUUCCUUCUGCCCCAUGAUGAAGUGGGAGCACAAAAGGCAGAAUGUAAUUUGAACUAGGUACUUGCAUAAAUGAUGGGAUGACUCUUUUGUCUUUUGUGUGUGUUGGGGAGGGGGCUGUGGUGGUACACCAUGGUCUAGCAGGCAGACCACUCAGAAAAUUCAAGAACCAUGGGCCAGCCCUGGUAAUUUGACAGGGGUCAACUGCAGAGGGCUGCUGGCCUGAGGAAGUCCCACUGGAUGGAUUACCACCUGGCCACCGAAAAGAGGACACGAUCAGGCAUUAACAAUUAGCAACAGAGGCCGUGCUGCUCCACCUGGCACUGCUGAAGAGAGAACCUGCAAGACCAAAGGAGAGUCAUUUGACGGAUCAGCCAGCAGGGGAUUCAAAACUGAAAGCCAAAUUUAAAGAAAAGGCAAUCAGAGCAGCACUCAUUCUAACCUAACAUUAGGCUCAUGCUGUUGAGGGGACCAUCCGGCACAGACCGCUUCAAAAGCUGAGCCUGCCCUCAAGAGCUAAGGCUCAAAGCAAGCAGGGUCUGGCAAGGGGCCAGGGAGGAACCACCACGAAGCAUUGGGGACAUUCUCAUUCAACCACUUUGUGGAGGUAAAACUUCUGAAGUCAAACCUAAAGGUCUCCGUGAGUCCCGUGGAGCACUCAAAUCUACUCGCAGCAACGAUAAUGCAAGAAGUCGACUUCCCCACUCGCUAACACAUCCUUUUACUUUGUUUUACUCACAGGCUGUAAGCUGCUGGGGCUAGUCUUCAGGCUUAUUAAAUCACACCCCAAAUUUAGCUUCCUUGGUAACUGAACAAUUAUGUGACCUUAAAUACAAAAAGCCCACACAUACCUCCCAGUUUUAACAGAAAAAGACAAUCUGCCCACUCCAAGCCUGGCAUUUAAAUGGGAACAAAGCCAGGCACCCUCCCGGCCCAGUACCAUGGGCUACUUUCUUGUUCACAGGCCACCCCACUCAGCCCUCGGCCACCCCAGGAGCAGCCCCAUGCCAAUCAUGUUGUCCAGACACAAUCUGGGCUCACCCUAGGAGGGCUCCCCGGUGGUGUAAACAAAGCACGUGGAAACCAAACAGCUCUGCUGGUGCCACGGCAGCCCUUCUUUCCUGAAUGUCACAAUGAGGUGCCGAGGCAGGUCACAGUCCUGCCGCAGCUGGCAGAUUUCCGACAUUCCCGUCGGUUUCAAAGAGUGCAUUCACUUCCUUGAAAUAUGGGACAAGCACUCUUUCAUUCCACAGUAAGAACAUGACCCCAAACUGGGCUACGUGCCCAUUUCUGCCCCCUCUUAUAUCCUGUACCCUCAGGACCAUUGAUCAAGUGGCCUAGAGCAUGACAGGGCAGCCACGCCAUCGGUUUUCAAGUUGCAGAGGGAUAUGCGCUCGACUGGGGUUUCAGCAGGGUGGACACAAUUCCCUCUGGAGUCCAUUCAGUGUGAUCCCUGAUAAAGCCAGAACUUGAAAAAGCCAAACCCCAACGCCUCAGAAUAGAUUGUUUCCCCUCAGCUGAGAUGUUCAGACAGGGAUAACUAACCAUCACAGGCGCGUGGGGCUUUCUGGGGACAUGAAAGAUGGAAACAAAGACUACAAGCAACAGGGGAGGAGUUCUCUCACUUACUUCAGGCAAAGCAGAUCAGUUCUGCCUCCCACACUGCAGACAUCUAGCAAAGAAAACAAACCCAUGUUAAAAUCUCCCUGCCACUCAGCACAAUCCUAAACCUGGGGCAGGAGCAGCAAAACAAACACCACCCCUCCCCCCCAUCUACUUGGAAGGGUUCCACUUACCCACACAAGUCUCCGCUUUGGGCCCAGGGCAGCCGGCUCACCGCUGCCACCUGCUUCUGCAGGAUCCUUUUCCAUUCUCAGAAACCAAGGCCGAGACUGCACCUGGCCAGGAGAAAUUGCAAAACAAAAAAAUUCUACUCAAGAUAUAUACACAUAACUCUCAAGUAGCUUACUCUCAAAUCUGGCCUAAAUUUUCUAAAAAGCGAACUUGGGAACUGAGUUUCAGACAUCCGUAUUCCACAGAAAGGCCUUUCUUUGCCUUCAGACAGGGAUAACUUUAGAUCAUCAUGGACUCAGCCCCCGCCAAUCGGCCAGCCCACAGGGCUGACACUUGUAGCACAGGGAGACCAUUCUGCUUUACUUUGCUCGUAAGAAUUCUCAAUCUUGUCUACUUUAUUAAAAUAACUUUGCUUCAAAGGUAAAAACUGCUGAUACCUGGUGCCUAGAUGUACCCAGAAUCCCAACUUGACGGACACUCCCUGCCCUUUUAAAGACAGAGUCUACCUCGGCACAAAGUGCCUGAUAACUGAGUACGUAUGGGGCGUACACUCCAGUGUCAGCAGAAUGUGUGGUUACCCCUUCGGGGCAUCCACAAGGGGAAAAAGCUGCCAGGAGACACUACACAAGGUGACAUCACACAAGGUCAUUUCUCCUUCACUUGCCUCUGCAUACAAAAUGAUCCACAGAGCUAGGUCAGUUUUUUUAAGCAGAGGAUUACAGAUCUGCCCCAAGAGCUACUUGCAAACAGCCAGUGCUAUAAUCCUGCUAUAAUAAAAAUCCCCGAGCUACAAGCAGAUCAGGUCAUCUAACUGUUCCUAUAUGCCUGCUCUUGCAAUGGCCACACGAUUCCUGGGCCUCCCUCCAGGGUCAUUCUCAUCCAUGGCUGGAGGUGUACUUCUAACACUCUGUAGGUGCCCUGGAUGUAUAGCCAGGUCUGGAAAGCAGUAACCCUAUUUUACAAAGAAAUGAGGUGGGGUUAACAGGCUGGGACUAGAGCCCAGAUCUCUCAAGUUAGCCUAAAGCAAAGUUUCAACCUCAGCUCUCACAUCCUGGGCGGGGAGGUCUUUGUGGUGGGGGCUGAGUUGUGCAUUGUAGGGUACUUAGCGGCACCCACCAGAUCCCAUUGGCACGCUCCACCCCAGUGGAGAACCACUGGGCUAAUCUUAAUUCAAUUAUUUUUCAAUGAAACUGAAAAAAGAUAAUAGCACCCCCACAAAAUUUGCCCUAUUUUUAUGGUUCUUUAAAAAACAAGAAACAGCUGUAUAACUCUAAGCCUCAGUGUGUUUACUCAGUAGCAAAGGAGAAAAUAUUUACUCCACUUAAGAUUGUUGUAACAAAUAUUAAUUGGGAGACUGCUUGGCAAGGAGGCUAGGGGAGUUCCACAUUCCUUCCCUUAUCUGGGCAGGAACAAUUCUGGGAGGCUCACAUCCUUAAAAUCUGACAGACAUUAAAGGGACCCUAAUCUCUGCCAAUUCUGCCAAAGAGCUAAAAAACUCUCCGUAUAGAAUUUUCAUCAAAAAAAAAAA